AUGAUCAGUAGCAUCAACAGCAACACAACACGUGUGGGCAGGAGUUUGACCUCGUCCGCGAAGAAUCAUUGCUGUUCCGUCCCGGGGUGUCUGAAGCGGUUCAAGCGACUGGAACAUCUGAAACGGCAUAUCAAGACCCAUACGUUGGAACGGCCAUUUGCGUGUCAGACCGCAGGCUGUAACAAGCGUUUCUCGCGCUCGGAUAAUCUCUCUCAACAUAUCAAGACGCACCAACGCCAGCUCGUGAACAAGGGCCACUGGAAAUAA